ACUGCCAGGGAGCUGAGAGGCGAGCGCUCCACGCCUCUUUCCCGGGGACUCUGCCCGUGCUGCUGCUUCUGCUUCUGCUGCUGCUGGCGGCUCCCAAUCCCGGCUGAAAGGUGACCUGGACAUGGUGCUCAGGGCAGGGUGAGUGGCUCCCCCCUUCCUUCCCAAUAUAGACCCUGGAGGUGGAAACUGGAUGCACCCGAAGAUCCGGACUAUUGGCAGACUCUGAUGCAUGCUCGGCUGCUCCUUACAGCCCUAGAGUGAUCCAGCCUGUGCAUGCUGCCCCCUAUGUACACAGGCUUAUAGCUAGAGGCAGGCACCUGUCCUGGGCGCUGACAUGUGUGUCUAUAGUGCACAGCAGAUCCUACACUGACUGAUACAUUGUAUCAUCACACCUACCUGUACUUACCUGCUCUGCAUUGUACCUACCUCUACAGUAUUACAUACUGACUGUUACUACAUGACACAUCACAUCUAGUCACUGCCAUUGUUUACGUCCCUAUGCACAUUGCUGCGCGCUGACGGACCCUCCUGUCAGGCUCGCCUCUCUGUUGACCGGUAGGGUCUCGGUAGCACUUCCAAAAGGACAAUGUCGAUGCUUGCGCUGUUGAGCCGGACUGUUCUGCGUCCCGCCUUCCAACCCAAGGCGUGGAGCUGGCUGGGGACGAGCGGCAGGAAGAAUCCGGGGACCUCCGUCUUGCAAAGCUGCCGGCCGUUGGGCACGCACCCCAGGAAGGAGCCCAUGGAGUCGCUAAACACGGCGCAAGGAGCCAGGGACUUCAUCUACAGCCUGCACUCCACCGAGCGGAGCUGCCUGCUGAGGGAACUGCACAGAUUCGAGUCUAUAGCUAUUGCACAAGCCUCUCGAUACCCUAAAACCCCUCCGUAUUCAGUGCAGGCGCCCGAUGUUCAGGUGGUGGCAGCAGAAGACGGACCUGAACAACUAGAAGCCGCCCCACCUUCCUCCAAACAGCUGAAACACGUCUUCGUCCACAAUGCACUACCGUUUAUUGGGUUCGGCUUCUUGGAUAACGCUAUUAUGAUUGCUGCGGGAACACAGAUAGAAUUCCAUAUUGGAGCCCUUUUAGGGAUAUCCACCAUGGCAGCUGCUGCUCUAGGAAACCUGGUGUCAGAUAUUGCUGGACUUGGGUUGGCGGGUUACGUUGAAGCAAUAUCGUCACGGUUGGGUGUGCCGAUUCCAGAUUUAACACCCAAACAAGCAGAUAUGCGGCAGACACGUGUUAGUGCACAUAUGGGAAAAGCAAUAGGGGUCGCCAUUGGCUGCAUUUUGGGAAUGUUCCCCCUCCUAUUUUUCAACUGGGAUGAAGAAGAGAAAUCUGAAAAAAAGAAAAAGUGAGAUUUUCUACCCCCUAAAACUCGUGCCUCGGCCAAGUAUGCAGUCUCCAUCUUUACAGUCGUCAGAAUAAGAUACUUAGAGGAUCCGGGAACAUUACAAUAUUCAGCAUGACCCAACCCCACCCAUUCCUGGCUUCUUUCUUGGAACAACCAUUGGACUUGUCUACAACGCACAAUAAUGAUUCAUUAUUUUACUUCCUUCUGGAGAACCUCUGAUUUGGAAUAAAUUGGAACUUUUCCUUUAAGAAGCUUGGGUUGUCUUUGUUGACCUCUGCCGAAAACUGGAGAUAAUUCUCACCUUCCUGUCUCUGUUCUGCUCUGACGCUCAACCAAUGCCACGGGCCCCAUGUAUCAAAAUUGGUCUUGUUCCCCAUAAUGACCAUCAGUUCCGUCAUUGUUUUUCCAUGGUGAAGACUCUUUGGACCAAUGUUAUCAAGAAGACAAUUUUGAUAUAUGAGGACCUUGGAGGUCUCUUUUUGACGUAUGAAGGCCUUGGAGGUCUCCAUAAGAAAACACAACCUGGUGUAGGCCAAAUGCUGUAUGAUCUUAAUGGGGCUUCUACUUCUGUAAAACUAUACAUCUAUGGCUUCCACAAUUAUUUUUUUUUUUUGCAUGAUUUUUUUUAGUUUUUUUUCCUCACAUUGGCAUGCCUUACAUGAGACUUCUUUUGUAAAAGAGGUUCCAAUUUUUUGGUGGAAAAUUUUAUAUUUCAGUUUUCUCUUUUAAGUGUGAAGAAAAAAAAAAAAAAUACUUAGUCGUUGGCUCAUCACACACUUUGGUGGUAUAUCGCUAGGAUAUGUGACUAAUGCCCAACAGGUGCGGGUCCCACCUCUGAGACCCACAUAUAUCUCUACAACGGGGCCCCCAAAGUGAACGAGGGCACAGCAUGCAGGCGCACUUAUUCACUUAUAUAGCACUGAGCACUGGCAAGGUGGUACCCGCACCUAUUGGAUAUUGGUGGCAUAUCCUACUAUUUGCCACCAAAGUGCGAGGUGGACCAACCUCUUUCAUGUUUACUAACCUGUUUUUAUUAAAGCACAGAUGGGGCAAACGUAGCAAAGUAUUUAAUAAAUGGGUGUAGCAGCAGCGUUUCUUUAGGUGGUUUUACAAUGGAUGUGAGAAGCAAUAGCGUUUUUAUUCAUUUGGGUGCUUAUGGCUAAAAAUCUGUUUCGGCCCAGGCCCUAGCUUUGACCUGAUUGAUUUACUUGGAAGGAAGUGAAGGCAGCCAAUCACAGGACAGUAAAGAAAGGGCGGGGCUGACAAUUGUGGUAUGGAUUAUGAUGGUAGUAAAUAUUUUUUUUCCAUAUGAAUACUUAAAGUAAGUUCAUCGGUCUUCCCAGGCUUUGCAGAAUACAAAUUUGCGUGAACGUAUGUAAGUUAUAUAUCAACCUAACGGGACUCAUUAAAACCUCAAAUGAUCAAAAUCUUUGGGUUUAUAACCUGUUAUAUGCUGUAAUGUUAUGGGCAGGGAAGUUUUUUUUGUUUAUUUAACUGCUUUAUUAGUUUGUUCAUUUUUAAUAAAAUUGUAUAUAUACAGUAUAUGACCGGAUGUCUGAUAAAAUAUAUACUAGACCUUA